UUGUUAUUCACAGAUUGACCCAUCAUUUAAGGAUGUGGUUUCCACUGCUCCUGCUGUUGAUUAUAUCCACAGAGAGAUAUUUUGUAGACGCGUGCUCGAGCGCCUAUGAUCGACUUCCAGACAAUAGCGACAUUGCUGUAACCUGUGGCCCAAAAGAUAUUCUCUUAUCUAUAAAUGCUUGCCCUGUGUGGUAUGCAAACUUCAAUCCACUUGAACUGGCCCUUAAUGGCAAACAUAAUGUCACCGAGUGUUUGGGUGUCAUGAAUAACUCAACUGGAAGCCCAUUCAUGGAAUUUAUCCUACCUGUGGAUGACACGAGUGGUAAUAAAUGUGGAAACAUCAUCCAAAUCAUAGAGGGAGCUGGAAGUGGUGCCUUCAGUGACUAUUCCAACAUUCAAACAGUGGCCAUCUCUGGAUUCGUGGAUUCCCCAUCUGCUGAGGGCAGCGGACUUGUCACAUUCAGCACCAACCUGUAUUAUAACUUCUCGUGCUACUACCCCCUCCAGUAUAUGUUAAACAAUACCCAGCUUUUGACGUCAUUUGGGGCUGUGGCUGUCAAUUCCAAUAAUGGCAGCUUUAUCAGCACUCUGAGUAUGCAGCUUUUCACCGAUCAGGAGCUUUCUAAUGCAGUACCUUUAAAUGGAACCGUUUACCCUUUAAGGCAAAAAGUUUACGUACAAGUGUCUCUCAAUAACCCAUCAACGAGCUUCAAUGUAAUGCUGGACCAUUGUUUUGCUACUCCAUCACCUAUGGUCACAUUGGCAUCCCCAAGUGACAAGUACAGCUUAUUCACGGGGUGUAAUGUGCAAAAUAGGACAUCAGUUAUUUCCAACGGUAGAAAUAAAACUGCCAAAUUUAGCUUUGAGACAUUCCGCUUUGUGCAACAUAGUGGGCAAAAAACAUCAUCAAUAUAUCUGCACUGUGUUACCAGACUCUGCCUGCCUGAUAAGUGCCUGCAGUAUCUUGAGGCAUGCACAGGUUCAAGGCGAAAGAGAGCUGCUGCUUACGAUCAAAGUACAGUGGAGGCAGUGACUGUUUCAUCAGGACCCAUCUAUACGUCUGAUAAAGCAAGCGGUUCCUCUAGCCUGACAGAAAAUGCCGAUCAAGAAGCAAAGAACCUGGCAGGGACCUUGACGGGACUCAUCGUUGGGCUUAUUAUAGCUGCCAUCACCGGAGCUGCCAUUGUCAUUGGCAGCAUAAUUCUGUAUAAAAUGUAUCGCCGCAGAGCUGCUGAGACAAAGUGACAUCUCUUCUACGCAUGGAAGAGAAUCGACUUAUGAGGCUAAGAAUGAACUGAUUUUAGAUACAUGUAAUAUUCUGUAUUAUGAUAUCUAAAAGAAUUGGUAGACAUGAUAACUGACAUUUAAGAAAGAACAGCAAAACUCAAGACAGAACUACAUUUUCAGAGUUAUUAACGACAUCAAAAUAAAAUCAUGUAACGUACAUAGGAGCUUUUCCUUUUUUUUCCUUCUGGAGGCAAGAAUACCGUAUAUCAUAUACUUAGUCUACAUAAGUGGCCUGCCUGUACUUAGUUUAGUAUGCCUAAAUUAAUUCCAGCUAUGUUGGUGGGGGUGACUGAAUGUAUGGAAAAAGCAAGUAUUUUAAAGGAGAGAAAGAGAGAUUUUAAAAUAGUAACAGUGAUACUUUUAAAAAAGUAGUGAUUUUUGGAGAAAGGGGAAAAAAAAUGAAGAGAAAUCCAAGCAGAUAAGAAGGGUGUAGGAAGGGAGAGGAAAGUUCAGGAGAAGUAGGAAGCUGGGAAUACAGAAUAAGGUUAAAACAUUGUUUGAAUAAGAUUAAUAGAUUAACAAGAUACAUUAACUUUGCAUUAUUCUUGGCUCUUUAUUUUAAAGCUCCUUGCGCAUAUCUAUAAUGUUUUGCUUGAAUCCUUUACUUGUUAUGUGUUUAUUCUGCUUCAUUCAUGCCCCCACAGAGGGGAUUGUACUCUUUUUUAUUACAACUCUUGCAAACUUAUAUUAUUAUUUGAAAAUAUAUUUGUGUUGUCUGUACAUUAUAUUAUAUCUUUUAACAUUUAAUAAAAUAUU